AUGGCGACCACAUCCUCAGCUGCCGCUGACACCCAGAGCGAGACCAGCGACGCAGCUGCUGGAGUCGACGAUUCCGAUGAGGAGGCUCAAGCUUCAGAAGAUGAGGAAGAUGAAGGUGAGGAUUUCAUCGACGAUGACGAUGAAUUCGACGACGAGUCAAAUCCUGAGAGGAGUGAGAACAAGCUAUCCGCUAUGCACCAUUUGCCAUAG